ACACUGUAAAUGUAUAAACACGUGGUCAAUCGCCAUAGCAACUAUCUAAUCUGUUUCCAUGGAAAUUCUAAUUAGCAUUCGCGAAAAUUAGUCGUCCUACGGUAUUCUUGUGGUUUGACUGGUUUCCUGUGAUGGCUGAACAGGAAGGAGAAGGGUACACGUACCCAGCUCCUGGUGAUGAAAGUACUGCAGACCAAACCAGGGUAUUUGAGCCAUGCUUUGAAGCUUUAAUCACUGAAAACUUUUAUUAUUAGACUACAGAAGGCGGUGUACUUGUUGUUGAUGAUCGAUCAUCUGAAGACAUCAUUAAACAAUUAGUUGGGCGUGUUGAUACUCUUUCCAUCGAAUACAAUAAAAUUCUACUUACUGUAGAUGAUUUAAAAAAGAGGAAUCAGCAGGACCAGAAUGUUAAGGACCAGCUCAGUGAUAUUGAAACUCGCCUCACUGUUUUCACUCAGCAAGCCUUCAUGAAUCAUCGAAAAAGGAUUGUUCACGAGUCUAAGAAUUUCGCAGCAAAAUUGAAAGGCUUGUCUGAGAGCAUUGAUCAGGAAUCAGCAAAAUUUGAAAGUAUCUUGGAUAAUGCAUAUAAGAAGAUGGACGAAAUUAGUGAUCAAUUUCAAAUGUUUCACGCUACAUCACAUGCAUAUCGUUACCCCAUCACUGUGUUAUCUGAAAAAGUAGAGGACCUAGACACCCGUGUCUCAAUUCUUGAAGGAGGUGAAGGAAGAGCUCAGUCUCUUGAACCGCAUGAUCUAGAUGACGAGGAUCACCAUGAUCUAGCUGACGAGGAUCACCAUGAUCUAGCUGACGAGGAUCACCAUGAUCCAAUCAUCAUGAAUGAUUAAUAAUUUUUAAUUUUGUAAUUUCAAACGAGUUUGUUUUGUCAGGUGUGUUGUGUAUGCAUAGAUAUUAUACACCAAACUGCUGCGAACUGUUAGAUAUUAUUGUCCAGCUUUUUUCUUAAUAUUUUACUUUUAGGUUUUUGCUGUUUUUGUUAUUUAAAAUAAUGCAAAAUGGGGUGUGGAGUGGAAUCUUGAUCUUGAGAGAAGGGAGGGUUAAAAAUUGAUCAUUAUUCAAUUCAAUUCAUCUUUUAAUCAUGCUUUCUGGGAAGAGAUUAUGGCAAGUUAGAAGAACUCGUUACAGUUAUAACAUACUGGGACUCGUCAAAAAAGGAGAGAUUGAGAAAGCUGAAGAAGUCCUUCAGAGUAUGAUAGACCGUCGUGUGUAUCCUGAUAUCUUUGCAUAUAACGCACUCAUUAAAGGAUAUGUACUGACCAGUGAUGCUAGAAAAGCUUUUAAAACAUUUAAUAAUUUAAAGAAGAGAGGUCUAAUGCCAUCAGAUAUUACCUAUACAAGCAUGUUUGCCGUAUGCGGUCGAACGAAAUCAGCGGAAAUACUCGAUAAAGUGAUGAAAGAAAUAGAAAGACGUGGAAUGUCACUGAAUACAUUGUCAUUCAAUGCAAUGCUGACAGCAAUGGCUAACUGUGGGAUGGUUGAUGAGGUUUUUGAUGAAGUUACUAAACUAGACAAACCUGAUAUAGACACAUACAGGUCACUCCUUCUUGCCUGUGCUAGGAGUAGUAUGGAAAAAUUAGAGGCAGUAUGGAAGAGCAUGAAAGAGAGUGGUAUCAAGCCAAACCGUCAAUCCUACAAUGUACUCCUCCUCUCUCUUAGAGAUAGCUCCUUACCCCAUCACUUGUCAGCUGCUUCAAGGCAUACCACAUCUGUACCAAACUCCACGAAAACCUUACGAGCCAGGAGAGAAUUCAAACUUGAUCUUGGGAGUAUGACAUUAACUCUAUAUGUUUCGGAUAAACUAAGAUGGCUGGAAACUGAAGAUAUCAAAAAAUUUCUAACUUCCAUGAAGAGGUCCAGGAUACAUCCAGAUGUUCGGAUGCUCUCUCUCCUGGUCUGCUUGUCGCCAAACGUCUUCUCGAUACUUGAGGAUUGUAAAGUGGCACUGGAUAAACCUUUUAUGAAGACCGCCAUUGAUAGACUAAGAGCUCUUGGAGACAUAGAGGGAGUAGAGGCUUUGAUCAGUAUUGCUCACAAGCAUGGAGUCCUCUCAGACUUAGGAAAAGCAAAGGCGUGUCUCACAUCAAAGGAAGUUGGAGACUUUUUAACAAGCAUUGAGGAAGAGGCUCAACAUGAAGAAAUGAAAGAUGAGAUUAUUAGGAAGAGAUUGGAGGAAGUUCACGAGGUCUUGAUUCAGAAAUCAAUAAGAUACAAAGACUAUGAUACUGUCCAUAAAAUAUUAAAGAAAAUCAAGUAUGCUGAAAUAUUGCCAUCUGAUGAUAUUGUGAUGCAGCUGGACUCAUUAAUGGAAAACCCUCCGCCAAGAGAAAAAGUCCGGCUAACUUAUAAAUUCAAUGGAAUGAAAGGAUACUACAUAUUAUGGAGAAGGGCAAUGGGGCUUGAUGAUUGGCCUGGUGGAGAACAAUAGACGUUCCAAAUAAUGAGAAUAAUAAUAUUUAUUGUAAAUUAUAAUAAUUAUUCAUGAUUGUUAAGGACACGACUCUUGAUUUUUUACAAUUUUCUCUUCAUUAUAACAAUAACAAUGAUUGAUUGAUUAUCAGAUACAUAA